AUGAGUUGCACUACGUAUAAGUUUCUGGAGAGUCCUGAAUUAUUCCUUGCGAGGGAAGUGUCGGGCGGUAGUGUUCCGGGCGGAAGCGUUGUAGUAGACGACAUCCAGAAGGGUAUGACGGGGAAGGUGCUGUAUAUGAUCUGUUCGUUACCAAGUAUGGCAACCGCUGAGAUGUCGAGUACCGCCGACCCUGCUGAGCCAAAGGUGCUGCCAUUGAUUGGAAGCGUUACAAGAAGCGGUAUCGUCGUCAUUGAGAUCGGCUCAGACCGCCAGCAGCACCACGUACACGAAGAGUUACUUUCGCACCAUUCGGAAUACUUUCGCAAAGCCUUCAACGGCUCUUGGAAGGAGUCAGAGGACAAGCGCGUAGCGCUGACCGACGUUGACCCAAUUGCUUUCGAUAUCUUUGUCCAGUGGCUUUAUACUCAGAAGCUUCCGACUUACCUCGAAUAUCGCAACAUGGCAAAGGCCCUUCCACCUACCUUACCAGACGACGAUGAUUGGAUCACCGCCCUGACAAAAUCGCUCGUUUUUGGCGAUAGGUUUCUGGUUCCAGUAUUCUCUCAGACCGUGAACAACCUCAUUGUCGACAACAUCCUCGGUAACGCCGGCUAUCUUGCGAUGUCGCCUCCUUUCUUCACUGCUACCAAGUACGCCUACGAAAAUCUUCCCGAAGACCACAUCAUACAUGAGUUCUUUCUUGAGGUUCACUGUCGCUACUGGGAAGUUGAGUCAUAUGCUGUGGAGCGUACAGUGUCGGAAACACUACAGAUGCAGGUACCGCCUAACCUACUUGUCGAGAUGAUGGUGCUAUUCGCUUGCAAGGCUACAGAAGGAACCGCAUGGCGCAAUGUUCCGUUGGAUGUCUGUCACUAUCACAUGCACGCCGAUGACGAAGAGCGGAAGCAAUGCGAGAUUGAUCAGCGUGAGGAUCCAUCUAUCUAG